AUGAUCGAUGCAUACAAAGAUGAAGAUUUGAAACGAAAGGAGAUGGAGUUGAAUCUCAAACGACAGGAAUUGGAGUAUCCGUAUAAAAAGAAGAAGAGCUCUUCGAAGUCACGUCAAAUCCACAUCAUAACUAAACCGUGUACUCACGUAGAUCAAAACAAUUCACGUGAAAUAAUAGUUCGUCAAGUGAACGAAGAUCAGAAUGAUGAAGUGAGAUGCUCUCCGCCUUUACAACCUCCGAUUCAACAACAGCAAAUGGUUCAAAUGCCUCCACAGAACAUUCUGAAUCUGCAGCAAGAUCAAGUAGAGUUCCAAACACAAUAUGUCUUGGUGCCGGUCGAAAUGAUGAGAAAGAAGAAGAAAGGAAGAAAAGCCCGUUCAUCCGGAUUUAUCGACCCAAUGAUUCUGAAUCCACAACGACUUGAAGUUGAAGAUGUUUCCACUCAAACUUCAGAUCGUUCAUCUACAAAUGGGUCUGGAACGGAUAAAGAAUCGGAGGAUUGGUUGUCAGGAUUUGAUGAAAGUGAUGGAGAGAAAAAAGUUGUAAAUGUAGAGAGAGUGGGAGACAAAAAUCAGAACAACAAACGCCAAUAUCAACGAAAAUUGACUCAAAACCAACGCAAUCAUCGGCAACAUCCAGAAGUAUUUUCUGAUGGAACAAGAGUUUCAACGGAAAAUCCACCGUCUCCACCGAAAAACGACUUGGCACCUCCUGAAUUCUCUGCUCCUGAUGCCACGCCUUCUGUUCCGACACCAAAUUCUCCUACAACUUCUGAUUCUUCUGUUUCUCCUGCAACAGGUUUCAAGGAUUCUGAACAGGAAAUUCAAAAAGCAGAUGGUUCUGAAAACAUCAGCAAAGAUGUCGUUCAGUCGAAUGCGUCUGGCAAGUCAAGUUCCCCAAAACGGUCAUCUCCUCCACUGGAUUCUACCACUCCUGUUCCUCUAAAUCAACCUUCUUCCUUUGAUUCCAAAAAUCAAAAUGGGUCUGAUGGCUCUGCUUCGCCUGACCCCAAAGGAGGAAUUCCUUCGGAUUCUGGAAAAGAUUCGAGCCCGAAAAAGAAAUUGGAUGACAAGGGAAACGACGAGAAGAGUCACUUGACUAGUCAAUACUUCGGUAGACCGGGAGAGAGUACUAACACGUUUUCUUCAAACAACUACAAACCUCCUUUGAAGUCUUCUGCUCCAGCUGCUCGUGCCUCAAUUUUCCCGUAUUUCAUCGAUCCAAACGCCCCAUCUUCUAGUGUCUCUACGAGUAAAGCAUCGUCAAAGCUGACUAAUCCAGAGCUGGAAGUCACUGAUUCUUCAUGUGCUUUGUAUCGACAAAAGAAGAAGAAGAUGCCUGAUGAUUCUGCAAAAAUCUACACGGCAACAUCAAAAACCAAAUCGGAGAAGUAG